AUGCCCGUUGUUGGCGGCCGACGAUAUAUCACGUCCACCGCUGUGUUCCUAAGCGAAGUCGCCAAACUUGCAAUAUGCUUGACCGUUGCCCUUUAUGAAGUAUCGCGGUCCAUUCCUCCUUCCAUGCCAGCGACAUCUUUGUUCGGUUCUCUAUCUGCCGCCAUCUUCACCGGUGAUAGCUGGAAGCUUGCCUUGCCCGCCGCCUUGUACACCGUAGCUAAUUCCCUGCAAUACUUGGCCCUAUCGAACCUCGAGGCGGCGCAAUUCCAAAUUACAUAUCAAUCCCAGCUCAUCGUUAGCGCGAUCUUUGGAGUGGUAUUGAUGCGUAAGAAUAUAUCAUAUGGGAGGUGGAUAGCGUUAUUGUUAUUGAUUGUGGGCAUUGCAAUGGUCCAAAUCCCUCCGGUCGACCCCCAUGAACUGGACCGUCGGACACAUUCGUAUCUUCCUCGACGCCUGUCGGAUCUGCAGCAUCUCGCAGCCGCUGCAGCCCCUGUUUUGCGAAAGCGAUCUGCUACCUAUGAGGGCAUCCAAGAUGAUAUAAUCCAGGCCCACCCACCGUUCGACACCCGUGUAGGCCUUCUUACUACCUUGGUCGCCUGCCUUUGCUCCGGCCUUGCAGGUGUGUCGUAUGAAAAGGUGCUCAAGGAGAGCAACCAGUCCGUCUCCGUCUGGGUCCGAAAUGUACAGCUGGGAAUAUAUUCCAUCGUCCCAGCCCUCUUUAUCGGUGUUAUAUUCCUCGAUGGUGAGCAGAUUGCCAAGCGUGGCUUCUUUCACGGAUACAAUUGGAGCGUCUGGGCCGUCGUCGCCGUUCAGGCUAUCGGCGGCAUUGCCACGUCUUUCUGUAUUAGCUAUUCGGAGCUUGGCUUACUACAGGCUUCCGGUGCCAUCAGCGUGAUGAUCGUUUCGAUAGCAAGCCCCUUCAUUUUUGAUAGUCAAAUCUCUGUUUAUUUUGUUUUCGGAACACUUGUUGUCCUUGCUGCAUGCUUUAUCUACAUUCCCGGCUCGGCGAUUUCAAAACUUGAACCUCGACCUCGACCUCCUCCAAUUCGAAUUCAAGAUUUCGAAAAAGCAAAGUCGUCACCAGAUACCUCGGAUGGAUCAGGAGAAGGCUAUGCUAGCCCACCGAAUGAUUUUUCUAUCAGGUUACCCACAACCCCGUUCUUGUCGGAUGCAGGAGCGCUCACCACUUCGCGCCCCAAUUCCCCCUCACCAGCUAGACAUCAAUCUAAGGCCCAAUCAGCUAGAGGUGGUUAUUUUGGAAGACCUCGCCAUGACGGCUGA